AUUAAGAGCAACACCUUCUUCACUUCUUUGAUGAUUCUUCUCGCUCUCUUUGGAGUUGCCGUUGGAGGAACAGUGCACAAAGUGGGCGACUCAAGCGGAUGGACCAUGAUGGGUGUUAAUUACGAAGCCUGGGCUUCUUCAAAAACUUUUCAAGUCGGAGACUCUUUGGCUUUUGAAUACAACAACGGUUUUCAUGACGUCACUGAAGUCACUCACAAUGAUUUCGAGCUGUGUGAACCGUCUAAACCAUUAGCCAGAUAUCAAACAGGAUCAGAUACGAUCAGUCUAACAAAACCAGGAUACCAAAACUUCAUAUGCGGAUUUCCUAGUCACUGCUACAUAGGACAAAAGCUUCAAAUCCUCGUCCUACCAGCCUCCUUGGGUCCCGUUGCAGCUCCAGUUCCCGGACCAGUUCGAUCACCUACUACCUUCUCGUCAUCUCUUUCACCGGUUAAUAAUGUUCCACAGCAUCAGAUGGGUCCACCACCAACUCCACAUAGCGCAGCUGCAACCAAUAAUGUUUGGAUCGGAUUCAGCUACUUUCUACUUUCUCUUUUCAUCUUAGUUUGA